AUGGAUGUUAAGUACGAAUCCCUGGGAUACUAAAUGGCAAAUCCCAGCACUAAUAUGUUGCAAGUUGAAGAAUAGUAAAAUUAACCAAGCAGCAGUGGCAGAAGAACCAGAUAGAGAAAACCAAUUGAAAAAAAGCCAAUUUUGAAAUUAGGAAAUAUCUGGCUUUUCAAUUCAGGUGAUAAGUGGAAUGUAACUUUUGUAGGAAGUUGGUUGAUUCUUUCAACAUUGUACUAUUAUACUUUCGUUGGUAGAUACACAUUAGAGACUUUCGAUGUUGACUACCUUGUUUAUUUAAGCAUUGUAUUUAAUAUUUGGUUUGCAUACAGCUAUAUCAGAUGUAUAACAACCGAACCAGGAGUCAUUCCUAAAGGAAAUAUUGAAUAGGAUCCAUUUAAAGAUUUAGAAAAGGAAUAGCAAUCUCAAGAAAGUAGUUUAGACUCAACAAAAGCUGAUUAAAAAUAUCAACCAGAAAAUCCAGAAGAACAUCAUAAAGAUAAUUUAAAAGAGAUAAACAUCGUAGAACCUUAAUAAAAUAAGAAGGAAGAACCUAAAAAGGCAGAUAUAAAGUAUAAAAUUGAUUAUGAUCAUUAAGGAGGUGCUUUUAUAGAGUAAAUUAAGCAUGAGCAACCCAUAUAAUUUUACACAUAGAGAUAUUGCGCUACCUGUAAGAUCAUUCGUCCUCCCAAAGCUUCUCAUUGUCCUAGAUGUGAUUACUGCGUAAAAGGCUACGACCAUCAUUGCUAUUUUAUUGGAAAUUGUGUUGGAGCAAGAAACUACAAAUAUUUCGUUUACUUCCUAACAUCCAUGACUUUAGUUGGGUUAAUUUGGAUGGGAACAAGUUUGGCUGCUUCAAUUGAUUUAUAUAAUAAAACUGAUGAUUUUGGAUCAAAACUUGAUGACUGGCCUGUUUUGAAAUACGGAUUUUACUUUUUCUGCUUUUUAUGGAUCUAUGGAAUUAUUUGUGGAAUGCAUAGAAAUCUUAGAUUCUUAGUUUAAAUAGGUUUCCUAAUAAGUUUAAUUCUUAUUGCUGUGUUGUGCCAUGAUGAAAGCAGAUUAUUUUAUAUGACUCCCUUAUGCCACCUUAUAUUCUUUUUAUGCAAUUCGCCUAUUGCAUUUAUGGUAUUCCCGAUGUGCAUAACUUAUCUUUAUAACACCUCUAGAAGAAUUACAGUUAAAGAGAAGAGUUAGUUAGAUGCUUAUAUGAAAGACAGAAGAUUUACUUAUUUAAAUUAAAGUAUAGUUACUACAUGCCAAAAUUUAAAGGAUUUUAUUUUUGCUGCAGAUAUAAAAUCAGAAUUAAAUUGA